AAAUAUGGUUGGUGUAUAUGUUAUUUGUGGCGACUGGAAAUUCGGAGAGAAUCAUCAGUGGGAGUUUGAAGUAGAUUUAAGCAGAAGAGGUUCAUUCUCUGUUGUUGAUGAAGAUAUCACAUAUGAAAACUUUCUAAGGGUUGUGAAGGCUGAUUUGGGAAUGGAUGAUAUUGUAAUCACUCUCACCUACAGAGAUCCCCUUAUGACAGGAAGUUUAGGAUAUGAUACUCCCUUUCAAAUCAGAAAUGAUCGCCAAGUAAAAGGCUUCUUCAUAAAGAUGAAAGAAGCUGCUGAAAUUCUUCGUUUGUUUGCAACGAUUGAGAAUUUUACACAACAGGCUACCAUCUGCACUAAUAUUUCGAGCAGCAAACAAGACCAAAAUGAACAGCUAGUAGUAGCAACAAUCAUUCAAGUACCACGUACACCCAAACAGAACAGGAAGCGGUUCCUAACAGAACAGGAUAUUGGAGUAAACACGCAUUCAACCACCACCUACAAUCAAACUGAACAGGAUAUUGGAGUAAACACUCAUUCAACCACCACGUACAAUCAAACUGAACCAGUUGAGAGCAACAUUUCAGUCACCGAAGCUACUGAGGAGACAUGCUCUACUGCUGAAAAGGGAAACUAUUUUAGUGGUUUGCUUCUUGUAGAUCUUCUUCCAGUUCCUAUAGGACUACCAGCUUCGACUGCAGGAAACAACGAUAUUCGUGUGAACCAGUAUUUCAAGAGUAAAGAAGAGUUAAUGCAGAAGAUGAGGAACAUACAUCCGUGUGGUGAUCUAUCUACGUGUUCCUUUCCUGAUGGUGUGUAUGAUUACCUAUGUUGUCCACCAAACACGAAGCUAAGCAGUAGAAGGCCACCAAAGAAGAGGAAGAGAGCUGCAGGAGAAUUUGGGGUCCUUAAUUCUAAAUCCCAAGGACACAAGUGCAGCAUAUGUGGCACAGGAGGACACAACAAGACCACAUGCAGGAAUCAGAUA